AUGGCUAUCAAACAAAUCGUGUGCUCCGGCACCCCAUACGAGAUCGGCCAAAUCCACGGCUACCACGCAUCCACCGAGAUCUCCCGCGCAAUAACCUUCUAUGCGACGAUGUUCGCUAAACACAGCAAGCUCACCUGGGCGCAGGUGCAGGAUCUCGCGAGGGACUUUGACGAUCUGAUUAAAGACAAGUGGCCGCGGUAUUAUGAGGAGCUCCAAGGUAUCGCAGACGGCGCAGAAAGAGACGUAAUCGACAUCAUCGCGCUGAACGUCCGCACGGAGAUCGUCUUCGGGCAGUUCAGCGACGGGUGCACGAGUCUAUACUACCGCGACAGCGCCAGCGAGACAGGAAAUGCGUUUCUAGGCCAGAACUGGGAUUGGGAAACCGCCCAAGCCCAAAAUCUAAUCCAACUAACCCUAAUCCAAAAAGACACUCCAGUGAUCAAGAUCAUCACCGAAGCAGGGCUAAUCGGGAAAAUCGGGCUGAAUUCCGCGGGCGUAGGGGUGUGCUUCAACGCCAUUCGCGCAAAGGGGCUCGAUAAGACCCAUAUCCCCGUACACCUUGGCCUCCGCAUCGCGCUGGAGAGUCGCUCUGCGCUUGACGCCGUCGAGACCCUGGAAGCAAUUGGCAUGGCCAGUUCGGCGCAUAUGCUUAUCGGCGACGAGAACUCCGCCAUCGGGCUCGAGUUCACCUCUUCAACGUUUGCACGCAUCCCCGUCAACGAGAGGGGAUUUAUCGCGCACGCGAACCAUAUGCUUCUUCCGCAUGCUGGGAUCGAUGAGCCGGCCUGGUUGGCGGAUUCGGCUGUGCGGGUGCGGACGAUGGGGGAGAAUAUCGAGAGGCUCGUGGGCAGUGGGAAGGUGGACUGGGAGAAUUUCGGGGCGCUGUUUCAAGACGAAACGGGGUUUCCGUGCUCGAUUAACCGGGCGACGAGUGAGGGGAGCCAGAUUGCGACGCUGUUUAAUAUUGUGAUGGAUUUGGGAGGCAGGAGGGCGGUCGUUGUUUUGGGGCGGCCGUCGGAGGAGCGGGUUGAGAGGGUUGUUCUUGAGUUCGCGGGGUAG